ACGUUGUCCGAUAAAAUUUCAGACAGAAAUGUGAGGUAUUUAGUGGACGUCCGGAACAGAAAUCAUCGCAAAGGCUAGGUACCAGCUGUCGGAGAGGUGCUAUGAACACAAACAGUACAGAAAUGGGCUGAAGUUCUGUAAACAGAUCCUCUCUAACCCAAAGUUUGCUGAGCAUGGAGAAACUUUGGCAAUGAAAGGACUAACUCUAAACUGUUUGGGAAAGAAAGAAGAAGCCUAUGAACUGGUGCGAAGAGGCUUACGAAAUGACUUAAAGAGUCAUGUAUGUUGGCAUGUAUAUGGGCUCCUUCAGAGGUCAGACAAGAAGUAUGACGAAGCCAUCAAGUGCUACAGAAAUGCCCUGAAGUGGGAUAAAGACAAUCUUCAAAUCUUGAGGGACCUCUCUUUAUUACAGAUUCAGAUGAGGGAUCUCGAGGGCUACAGGGAAACGAGGUAUCAGUUACUUCAGCUUCGGCCUGCUCAGCGAGCGUCGUGGAUUGGUUAUGCUAUUGCUUACCAUUUGUUGGAAGAUUAUGAAAUGGCAGCAAAGAUUUUAGAAGAAUUUAGGAAGACCCAGCAGACAUCCCCUGAUAAAGUAGACUAUGAGUACAGUGAGCUCCUUUUGUAUCAAAAUCAAGUUUUGCGUGAGGCAGGACUCUACAAAGAAGCUUUGGAACAUCUUGGCACGUAUGAGAAACAGAUAUGUGACAAACUCGCAGUUGAAGAAACUAAAGGGGAACUUCUGUUACAACUCUGUAGGCUGGAGGAAGCUGCUGAUGUGUAUAAAGCAUUGCAAGAGAGAAACCCUGAAAACUGGGCCUAUUACAAAGGCUUGGAAAAGGCACUUAAGCCAGCCAAUAUGCUAGAGCGGCUAAAAAUCUAUGAAGAAGCCUGGACUAAAUAUCCAAGGGGAUUGGUGCCAAGAAGACUGCCCCUGAACUUUCUCUCUGGUGAGAAAUUUAAGGAGUGCUUGGAUAAGUUCCUGAGGAUGAAUUUCAGCAAAGGCUGCCCUCCAGUUUUCAAUACCCUGAGAUCAUUGUACAAAGAUAAAGACAAGGUGGCGAUCGUAGAAGAAUUGGUGAUAGGUUAUGAAACCUCUUUAAAAAGCUGCCGGUUAUUUCAUCCAAAUGAUGACGGUAAAGAAGAGCCUCCCACCACAUUACUUUGGGUCCAGUACUAUUUGGCACAGCAUUAUGAUAAAAUCGGACAGCCGUCUAUCGCUCUGGAAUAUAUCAAUGCUGCUAUUGAAAGUACGCCCACAUUGAUAGAACUAUUUCUUGUGAAAGCUAAAAUCUACAAGCAUGCUGGCAAUAUUAAAGAAGCUGCCCGGUGGAUGGAUGAGGCCCAGGCUUUGGAUACUGCAGACAGAUUUAUCAACUCCAAAUGUGCAAAAUACAUGCUGAAAGCCAAUCUGAUUAAAGAGGCAGAAGAAAUGUGUUCAAAGUUUACAAGGGAAGGCACCUCGGCAGUGGAGAACUUGAAUGAAAUGCAGUGCAUGUGGUUCCAGACAGAAUGUGCCCAAGCGUAUAAAAUGAUGAAUAAAUUUGGUGAAGCACUUAAAAAAUGUCAUGAGAUUGAGAGACAUUUUGUAGAAAUCACUGAUGACCAGUUUGACUUUCACACAUACUGUAUGAGGAAGAUUACACUUAGGUCUUAUGUGGACUUGUUAAAACUAGAAGAUGUCCUCCGGCAGCAUCCGUUUUACUUCAAGGCCGCUCGGAUUGCUCUAGAGAUCUAUCUGAAGCUUCAUGAUAACCCACUAACAGAUGAGAAUAAAGAGCAUGAAGCUGAUACAGCAAACAUGUCUGACAAAGAGCUAAAGAAACUCCGUAAUAAGCAAAGAAGAGCUCAAAAAAAAGCUCAAUUGGAAGAGGAGAAAAAGAAUGCGGAGAAAGAGAAACAACAGAGAAAUCAGAAAAAGAAAAAGGAUGAUGAUGAUGAGGAAAUCGGAGGCCCAAAAGAAGAACUUAUCCCCGAGAAACUGGCCAAGGUGGAAACUCCAUUGGAAGAAGCUAUUAAAUUUUUAACACCACUGAAGAACUUGGUGAAGAACAAGAUAGAGACUCAUCUUUUUGCCUUUGAGAUUUACUUUAGGAAAGAAAAGUUUCUUCUAAUGCUGCAGUCAGUAAAGAGGGCAUUUACUAUUGAUUCCAGUCACCCCUGGCUUCACGAGUGUAUGAUUCGCCUCUUCAGCACAGCAGCGUCUGAAAGCAAAGACUUACCUGAUGCCGUUAGAACAGUGUUAAAACAAGAAAUGAAUCGACUUUUUGGAGUAACAAAUCCAAAGAACUUUAACGAAACUUUCCUUAAGAGACACUUUGACUCAUUGCCGCAUAGGUUAUCGGCUGCCAAAAUGGUUUACUAUUUGGAUCCCUCUAGUCAGAAACGAGCAGUGGAAUUGACGACGACACUUGAUGAAUCCCUCACUAACAGGAAUCUUCAGACAUGUAUGGAGGCAUUAGAAGCCUUGUGUGAUGGUAGCCUAGGAGACUGUAAAGAAGCCGCCGAAGCUUACAGAGCAAAUUGCCAUAAGCUUUUCCCUUACGCUUUGGCUUUCAUGCCCCCUGGAUACGAAGAGGAUAUGAAGAUCACAGUUAAUGGAGAUAGUUCUGCAGAAACUGAGGAACUGGCCAAUGAAAUCUGAACACCUUAAACAAGCCGAUGAAAUUGACAUUGGACCAUAUUUAGCGUAUAAUAUUUUUGUCACGCACCUGCUGCAUUGCUCUAACUUACAGAUUGGAAGGAGAAAACAUUCUUGCCUUCAAAUAGUGUUUUACGUUUUUUUUAUCCUGCUGAAAAGUAUAUAUAUAAAAUAUCUAACAUAUUACAGGAUAGAGGUUGUUCAGUUUCUUAAAUUAAAAGCUGCUAAAAUUGAAGAAGAAAAAAAUACCUUAUCCUACACCUACCCACCCAUGUUUUUAGACUAAUUUAUAUGAAAUCUGGAAGCUGUUACAGCUAACAAAGCAGGUGUGUGGCAGAAAUAUUACUUUAAAUUUGUCUUGUGAGAUUACUAUAUCUCUGACAGCAUAAAUACAUGCUGUUUUAGCACUGGAUUCUUUCACUGAGCACAAGAGUUGUUGGGGCUUUAGCAUCUGACUGAUUUUGAUACGGGAUGAUUCUGACCAUAGGAAGUAUGCAAUGUGAAUCACUAUUUACAGAGAAGCCUACAACAGAUGCUUGAUGUUGUAGAAACUGGGACAUAGAUACCACACAGAAUUAUAAAGAAACAUAGGGUGUUCAAUAAGCUUGUUGGGAAUCCAAAAUUCACUGUACACGAUCAGUUUGGUGUUCUUGUACCACAGUUUUUAACUGAAGGAACCAGUUAGAACAAUCUUGAUUUUUUUUUUAAAUUAAAACUUGAAAAAAAUAUCAAUGCUGUCACUGGUGGGG